AUGCCCAAAAUCAUUAAGAUAUUAUGUAAAGAUAUGCUCAAUGAAGAUAUAUUGUAAAUUUGCUAUCGUAAAUAUAUCAAUAUAACUUUAUUUUUGCGGGAGGAUCCAGCUGCUAAUAACUUCAUUUGCACAACUUUAAGGCGAUUUUCUCUUCUCUCAAAAAUGUAUGACUGUAAUUUAUUUAUUUAUUUUAAUUUAUUUUAUAACUCGUUUUGUGGUCCGGGUCAUAUUUAUUUAUUGUUACACUUGAAAUAAUUCCGUUCAAAACGCGUUUAGCGCGUGAUUUUGUGAACAUGUCCAACUCUGUUGUUAUUACGGAGCAUGCGCAGUGGCGGAAGUCAAUUGGCGGAAAGGUAUGGUUAUUUGGUGUAACGGAGUUCUGUUCUUUAAAGGACCAACUUUCUGACAGAAAAGGUGACCCACUAAAAUCAAAGGUUUUCAGGACAAAUGGCUUCAUUUACAGUGGAUAAAAUUGCCCCUGACGACGACAGUGUUUUUGAUGCAUCCAAGAUACACAAAAUGAUGAAGAAAUCCAAGAAACCGAAAAAAGAAAAGAAGGAUAAGAAUAAAACCAAGUGUGCGGCUAACAUCUUGUUGCACGUCGACUGUGACGAGACCGACACCCUUACACAAACACAGAGUAAGAAAAGGAAAAAGUCAAAGAAAAAGAAAUUUAAACUGGAAGAAGACUUUCAGCUGCUUCCAUGUGUUAGGAAACCAAAACCAGAAAAACGCCUCAAACAGUCGGGCAGCACUCACACAGGAUUGACACAGGAUCCGCACUGGAGUGACUCCGUGAUCUGUAUCUCCCCCGAUCAAGUACCAAAACAUUCAAGCAAGAGUGAGUGUCAAAAAGAGAAGGAGAAAGCUAAAAAGAGAGUCGUUUUUAAUUUGCCACCUGAGCAGAACCAAGCUGCAAACACAAAGGAUGAACCCUUCCCCACAAGAAAUAUUCCUAAUUCCGCUACAUCCUUUCUGAGAGCCAUUUCAUCUGGAAACAUGAGCCACUGGAAGCAGCUCAUAGGAGAAAGCAGCUUGGAAUCCCAGACGACAGCUGAAGAAGUAAACAGCCAAGACUUGUUUAUCACACAGAAAUCAUUCUUGGAUCCAUCCGUGGACCUCUCCAGCAGUCCAAGCGGCAAUGAGAUCUCCACCAUACCGGCGCCAGCGGACCGUUCGUGUAGGUUGACGGCCGAAGCAUCUACUCAAACGGAAAACUUCUUUAGCUUCCCGGAGCUCUCCAACUCUCUCAGGUUUCAGCAGCAGCAGAAAACAUCCGUGAGCACUGAGGAACCUGUGGACCUGAGCCUGCCCAACAGAGCAAGACAAAUGCAAAGCCAAAAUCUGUCAGCAAAGCAUUCACCUAAAUUAAAGAUAUCAGACACAUCAAGUGAGGAUAGCGAUAUAAUGCCAAAGACUAAAAGUGACUUGUCCCAACUGAAAGUCAUUCAGACUCGCUUGAACGAGUCUUUCUUUUUUAAGGUGAAGGGUUACGAUUCACCAAAGCCAAUAUGUCCCCUCAUGAAGCUAACAGAAAGUGCUGAGAAAAAAGCAAAGAAGUAACAGUCAUUGUUAUUAUUUGCAGUU